UCCAGUAAAAAUUAGCAAAUGGCCAGAUUGUAGAUCCAGCCAGUCUAUUUACUUUAGUAGAGGGAGACUUAUCGGAGCUUGGAAUAAAUGAGCAUCAUCAAACACAAGUUAUUAACUACAUCCGAUUUGCACGUUAUCAGCGAGCGCAACGGUUACGAGCUGUUGAUAAAUGUUUUGAAGAACUGAAAGACAGCAGACUGACAGAUGAGACAUUCACCAUUGACGAGGUGACCGACAUGCUGGAUGGCCUGCUGGCAGUGGUCAGGUCGGAGGUUGAGUCUGAACUAAUCAACACAGCUCACACCAAUGUGCUCAUGUCCAGGCAGAUGCUGCAGCAGGCGGAGAAAUGGCACCUCAAGCUCUCCACUGACAUUUCAGAACUGGAAAACAGGGAACUCCUGGAACAGAUCAAGGAAUUUGAAGAAAGAGAAUUUUCUGGUGCCAAGAAAGAUAAGGAAUUUAUCCCAAAGAAACUUAUCCCAAUCAACGACACAGGGCUGACUCAACUGUUGAAUAUGAAAAUUGAUGAACUAGAAUCUGAGAAUGAGAUGCUCUUGCAACGACUCGCUAAGUUUGAUAAGGAGUUUACAAACAACUAUGAAAGAUCAAAAUCCUUGACCUCUGACCUUGAGCGCCUGCAAUCUGAGCUUCGAGCCAAAGGAACAAGGCCUGGGGCAACACCAGAAGAAGUUUCUGAGAUGAGUCGUCAGAUGGCUGCGCUACAGCUUCAGAUUGAUCAGGAGAGGCAGAAGGGUCAAGUUUCAGCAGAACAUGCGGAGCAAGAGAUGGCUAAGACCAAACAUGAACUCUUAAAGAUCAGGGAAAUGUUAGAGCUAGCGGAGAAGGAACUGGAAAAGAAAGUGAGCCAAACAAAUCCAUUUAAAAAUUUAAAACAAAUGCUCCAAAGAAAGAAUGAUCAGCUGAAAGAUUUACGGAAAAGACUAGGAAAGUAUGAGGAAGUUGAAGAUGAUUAGUUGGAUGAUGUGAUCAAUGUGAUCUGCUAGAAAGUCCCUCUCAUUGUUUUACACUUUAUCUUUGGUGCACUGGUUUUGUUCCCUUGAAUUCAAACACACUAGCUGUUUUUUAUAACGCCUUUGAAAAUAAUGUUAGGAAAAUAUUUAUUUAAAAUUAUAGUCAGAAACAGAAAUAACACAUUUAAUACUGUGCAAUUAUCAGGCAAUUUUAAAAGUUAAUGCACCAAUGUUUUAUAUACUCACUUUUAUUCAUUUAUUUACCACAAAAAUAUAUCUCAUCUUUUAUUCAUUUCUUUACCAUAAAAAUAUAUCUGAUCUUUUAUUUAUUUCUUUACCACAAAAAUAUAUCUCAUUUCUUCACCUAAUAGCAUAUGUAUCACUGCAUUUUAAAAGUUAUUUAUCAACUCACUAAAGCCAAAAGUAGAUAAGGUUACAAAAAGUAUUUCAGAGGAUGGCACUCACUCACAAGACUGAGCUUUGACUGCUGCUUAAGCCUCACAUACUAAACAAUAAAAUACUGCCUCACAUACUAAACAUCACAUAAUCCUCACAUACAAAACAUCACAAAAUCCUCACAUACUAAACAACAAAAUAUUGUCUCAAAAUCUUUACAUACUAAACAAAAUAAUAUUCUCAAUUAAUCAUCUCUCCCUUUUGAGAGAUAUUUAGUUUUAAAACUAUUCUUCUCUAUCUAUUUGCUAAUGUGAUCUUUAAAGAAAAUUCCAUCCAUAAAUGAUUCCUGCCGUUACUUAAAUUACAAAGUUCUAUUUGUAAAUAAAAGAUGUUCUAUACCACUGUUGUCCUAAUGUGUAGGUUGUUUUAAAAUUUGUUUUAGCUUGCUAGGAUGGCUAUUUUGUAGCUUACUACUUGUAUGACCAGUAGGUAAUUGAGGCUGAGGCGUGUGUGUUUAAUUAUCUGACCUAAUGAUGAUUAAAAGCUCGUCUUUUUAUUUUUUAAUGUAUUGAUUAAACCAAGUAGAAUAAAUACACUUUAUGAGCUAUUACAAAUGUAGUGUAUUGAAGCUAAAUGAUGUAAAGUUUUUCAGUCAAAUUAUGUAGUGAAUUUCACAGUCAUAUGAUUGGAGCUAAAUUAUGUAGUGUAUUUCAUAGUUGUUUGAUGAAAGCUAAUGUAUGAUUAAAGCUUAUGUAUGAUUAAAUCUAAAUGAAGUAUGAUACCUGUAAAAUGGAAAGCACAUGAUCAUGGUCAAUAUUUAAUAAUUUUCUGGUAAUAAACUGGUAGAGAGUUCUGUAAAAAUAUGAUUAAAUUUAACUUAAACAUGUAUGUAUUAAAUAAUGUGUUAAAUUU